AUGUCUCCUCCAACGCCGGAUGGGCGAUUGCCAACUGAUCGAACGUUGAACGAUGAUGACGAACGCGUAUCGCGACCAAUCCGCCCUUUGGGCACUGCUCGUCACCCCGCUCGCUCGACAACGCCGACGCCCUCCAACCCACAUGGGACUCCCCCGCCCACUCCUCUGUACCCUCGUGGAUCUACCGGACCCGAACAUGCGCCUUCCAAACCUGCUUUCCGAUCCGUACGCGAAAUGGCGCUCGCGGCGAUUGGACCUCCGUUGGAUCCGGCAUCGCUGCGUUCUCGCCUCGCUGCCUACCGACCAUGGUAUCCUUUUCCCUUGGAUGACUUGGGGACCCCGAACAAUCUGCCGCUAGCUCCAUCCGGUGCUGUCGCUGCCAUCCCGGCAAAUUUCGAUCGGCUGGACGCGCGGCGUAUCUCGAACACAUCGACUUCUUCAACUGACACUGCCGCAUCAUCGACGUCUGCCCGGUUCUCUGAGGUUGCGAUUUCUCCUCCCACUGGAGUCUUGCCCUUGCCCUUGCCGCUCCCCCUUUCUCGGCUUGCAUCUUGGUCCGCUACGUCCGACAGCGCGCGACGUUCUUUCAGUGCAGAGCCUGAAGAACUGACAUCUCGCGCCACGCGCCUUCCCCCCCGCGGAGCGUCUGGUCUGGGAAACAUGACCACAGCACACGCGGACCAGCACCCUGUUGCUGGGCCUUCGCGCUCGCACGAAUCUGAGCAUGCACUGGAGCACGGCCGGAACAGUCUAGGAAGCAGCAAUGGUAACGAGGAGGAGAAGGAGCGGGCUCAUUUUCAGAAUGUGCUCCGCGCCUUCAACGCGUACCUGCCCCACUCUGUGAGCACAGGUGCCUGGUGCAUAUCUAGCAUACGACUGGCGAACUGAUGACGCUCGACGCUCUUGCUGUCGUGUUGCAGUUGGCGGCGAACAACGCAAGGCGAAAGUCGUUCUACUCUUUGGCGCGUUCGCACCGCUUGCUUCUUUCCCAGGUCGGCCCAGAGCUUCCUGGACCCCUCGUUGAGAUGGAGAACGAGGAGGGACAUGAUUCUUCGGUCCACGAUGCUGACAGUGCAGUCAGAGGAGGCAGAGCACAAGAGUCAGCGGGCCACGAGCGCCAGACUCUGCCUCCCGGCGGCCGCGGAUUCAAAUCUCGACUGGAUGAGAUCGACGAUAGGAUACGGAGAAAUGCGGACGUGCUGAGCUUGAUUGUGGAAGAUUCGCGUGGAUUUUUGGAUGAUGCUCGUGCUGAUGGCGCAGAGGCUAAUGCGAGCGCAGUCAGCGAGAAGACCUCAGCCGCUGCCGCUUCCGUAGAAAAAUCGGCGCAAGGUCAUGUUGAGCCGCAAGGCGAUGCUGCCCUGAAACUCCAAACUGCUGAUCCGCCCGGGGCUGCCGUGCCUCGCGACAUUGUGAGGACUGUGCCACAGAGUGAAGGAUCCUCUAGUAGCAGCCUUCGGCCUGCAGAAGAACAAGCGUUAAAACGCCAAAGACGACGCACCCCUCUCGAUGCUCCAAGGCACACCAAUUUGGGCACGAGCAUCGACAGUACAUCUGGGCGCAGCAAUGUAGGAAGUGCGGAAGGCUCGUCCGGAUCCUCAGGGUCUCUCAGGGAUGAUCCUUCCGCGGCGUCUUUCUCCAGAGAAGGCGCAGAAAAGUCUCGGCAGCGCCCUAGCAGCAGAGGAGCUUCCAGUCGGACGUCCGAGCAUGAGAUUGACAAAAUACGCAGCACCAUCAAGCAGCUUGUGAGGGAUUGGAGCGACGAGGGCGCACAAGAGCGUGAAGCGGCCUAUGGACCCAUUCUGGACGCUCUCGACGCCCGGUUUGGAGAGGUGCCCAGUACGUCGCGUAACCAGGUCAGGGUGCUGGUGCCAGGCGCAGGCUUGGGACGCUUGGCGUUCGAAAUUGCCUGGCAGGGCUACAGCUCUCAGGGAAACGAGUACUCGUUUUUCAUGCUCCUCGCAUCGCAUUGGAUACUCAAUAAGUCGAGCGGCAGGCACGCUCACACUGUCUACCCGUAUGUGCACUCAUCAUCUAAUUGGAGAAAGGCCUCGGACAUGCUCCAAGGGAUCAGGAUUCCGGAUGUCAACCCAACUGAUCUACCACCUCAUGUAGACUUCAGUAUGGUUGCAGGCGAGUUCGUUGACGUGUAUUCCAAAGAGCAGGAAAUAGGUGGCUGGGAUGCAGUUGCGACCGUCUACUUUGUUGAUACCGCGCGAAAUAUUGUCAAGUAUCUUGAAGUCAUCAACCAUCUGCUCCCUAUCGGGGGAUUUUGGUGCAACGUCGGGCCCCUACUUUGGCACUUUGAAAAUAACGGAGACCUUAGCAUCGAGUUGACCCUUGAGGAGGUGAUGGACCUCAUUCAGCUUAUGGGCUUUGAAAUAGAGGUGAGUGUGAUCCGGCGGUGAUGCUUGCCACUCUUGUACGGAUGUUCCUCAAUCUUGCGCUCCAAUGAUGUGCUACAGGAGCAUCGGACCCUGGAGAGUCAACCUUACACUGGCAACGCCAGGAGCAUGUUGUCAUACGAGUACACCCCAGAAUUUUGGGUAGCUCGCAAAGUCAAAGAAGCACCUCCUGGAUCCGAGGUAGCAGGGACAAAUCCGACGGAUUGA